CGGGCCCGGUUCGCGGCCAGGCAUCGCCGCCGCGCCGCGGGAGGCGGAGCACGGAGGGCCCAUGUCGGCUCCGCGGGCCGCCACGCCGGGACCCGGCCCCGGCCCCGGCCCCGGCCCCGGCCCAAGCCCCGGGUCGGGGGAACCGGUGCCGGUGCACAGCCGGGCCCUGGAUCUGGAGCUGGGCAGCAGCACGCAGACGUCGCACCGGCUGCUGGCCUACAGCGACGCGCUGCUCUCCAUCAUCGCCACCGUGAUGAUUUUGCCUGUGGCCCACACAAAAAUACAUCCCGAUCAGAAACUAGGUGAAAGCGUUCAGCAACUUCUUCUAACAAAAAUUGCAGUCUACUUGAUGACCUUCUUAAUAGUCACAGUGGCAUGGGCAGCUCAUGUAAGGUUGUUUCAGGUGAUAGAACUUAUAGACGACGUCCUUGCUCUUCUAAAUCUGGCUUGUAUGAUGAUCAUAACUUUCUUGCCAUACACUUUUUCCUUAAUGGCCUCCUUUCCAGAAGUACCUUUUGGAAUUUUCCUAUUCAGCGUCUGUGCUGUUGUCAUUGGCCUUAUACAGGCUGUGAUGGUAGUGUAUGGAUUCUAUCACCCACACUUACUGAAUCAACAGAUACAAGUGUCUGAAAAUCAGAAUUUCUAUAAACAUCAUAUCUUGAAGAUUAUCCUAAGAGGACCAAUUUUAUGUUUUUUAGCAGCCAUCUUUUCCUUUUUCUUUAUUCCUUUGUCUUACGUACUUCUUGGGCUUGUAAUCAUUUUUCCACAUCUCUCUCGAUUCAUUACGUGGUGCAAAACCAAGAUUUUGGGUCAGAGAAAUGAAGAAGAGGAACACCAUAGCUUAGAAACCUUUAGUUUUUAUCUUAGUGAGCCUCUGAGUAAGGAACGGGUAGAAGCAUUCAGCGAUGGAGUCUAUGCCAUUGUAGCAACCCUGCUCAUUUUGGAUAUAUGUGAAGACAAUGUCCCUGAUCCAAGAGAAGUGAGAGAGAAGUUUCAUGGAAGCCUUCUUGAAGCUUUAAGUGAAUAUGGGCCAAACUAUCUUGCCUACUUUGGCUCAUUUGUAACAAUUGGUCUCCUGUGGUUUGUCCAUCACUCACUUUUCCUAUAUGUAACAAAAGCUACCCGAUUAAUGGGACUGCUUAAUAUACUUUCAUUGGCAUUCAUUGGCGGGCUUCCACUGGCUUACCAGCUGACCAGUGAAUUUGCAGAGAAGUCUCACAACGAAAUAGAAGCCAUUCAGGUCAGCUGUGUUAUUACUUUCUUCGCCAGCAUAUUUCAGUUUGCAAUAUGGACUACAGCCCUCCUGCAUGAAAGGGAAACAUUGCAUCCUUUUGCUAGAUACGGUGGCAAGGAGCAUGCCUUCAUGUUUGCCAAGCUGGCUCUCUACCCUUGUGUAAGCCUAGGGGCCUUCUUUCUAACAUGCUUGUUAAGUGAAUUUAGCACAGAAAUUUUCCAUCUUAUGCAGAUUGUAAUCCCAUUUGCUUUUCUUGCCUUGCGCAUUUUUGUUAGAAUUUCCUUAACUCUCAUAAAGUCUGUGAUGUCUCUCUCCAGGCGGAAGGUUGUAUUGUUAGAAGAGGAGGAGGCAUGUUUGUCUCCUACUGAUACACUGUCCUAAAUUUCCAUGCAGUGCAUGUGAAGUUGCAACAUUAAUUACAAUUCUUCUAACUCACAUUGUCUUGAUGUGUAAUCUGUAUUGAUCUAAAUUAAAGCCUGUGUUUGCCAUAACUGGGUCAUACUUUAGCUGUAGCUGGUCAUGCUUGAGACUCUGCAAAACCAGUAAUUGAGAAAAAUAAGGAGGUGGGGGAGAAGGAGCUAUGUAGGGGAGACAGAAAGCAUGUUCCCCUGCCUUGACAAUUACCCUUUCGGAAAUAAAUGCUGCUUGAAGUACAACUGCAGUGAUGAUCGAUGACGAAAUACACAGAUACCCAGCAAAAUGUCUUUUUUCAGACAUGUGGUAGUCAUUGUGGCAACCAAACACAGGUGUAGAAGCUGGUUAUGCUGCUACAAGAUAGGGAGUGAGGUUUGGAAGACAUAAUGGAGACCUGGUUUUCUGGAUGGUGAAUCACUGUAGAACAUUUGUAUAUACAGAUUGGUGGUCUCCCUUUUUAUUUUAUUUUUAUUUUUUUAUGGUUACAAUGCCUCUUCUGUGUUAGCCACAAACUUGUGGUAGCAUUUUGAAAACUACCUGUUUUUGAAUGACUCUGAGCAUAAGUUUAGAUAGAAGUUGCAAUCGAGACCCAUAUGCCUUCUCCCAGGCUGCCUGAACACAAGUCAUACUUGUUCUUUUUCAAAAGGAUGUAUUUCAGAAAUGAGGAUCCGUGUGACUACAUGAACUAGUUUUGAUAUAUCCCAGGGAAGAAAUCUCAAGAGCUGUGGGACUAGAGGUAACUUUGGAAGUCCUUACAUUUCUUUUUGGCAGAGGCAUUCAUUUGUAUCUUGAACUUAGUGCCUAACAUCUUUAAUGCUUUGUUUAAAAGCAUUUGGGGGAUUUUGGUGUUCAAAAAAAAAGCACCACAAAACAAACAACAACAAGAAAAAACAAUAAAACAAAACCAAAGUGCUCUGGCAGAUAAUGCUUGGAGCAAUGGUUAGUAAGAACAAAUUCAGAUAUCUAGUUUCAGUUCAGAUCAGUCUGAAAGCACUUGUACUUUUGGUUUGAAGCACCUUGUACUGACAUCUAAUCCUUAGUAUUGUGUAAUUCUUGUGAAAAAGUAUCUUCAGAUAUGCAAGGAGUUUUAUACCUGGUUUAGGAUAAAUGAUUUACAGUAGGAUUCUGUGAUGUGUUACAUGUUGCUCUUUCAUUCUAAUAACUAAUAAAAGCACUCUGGGUUCUAUGUUUUUGUUUCAACUAUGCAGUCAGCACGUAAGCAGUGAAUAUCUGUAUUUGUAAUAAAUUUCAAUCAGUUUGAAAAACAGCAAA